AUGCACGACGGUCCGAUUCGUGGAGGUACUCGCGGCGGCGCCGGUGACUUCAAAUGGUCCGAUGUCAAGGAAGACAAAUAUCGGGAAAACUACCUCGGACACACCGUCAACGCGCCCAUCGGCCGGUGGCAAGCCAACAAGGAUAUUCACUGGUAUCAGCGUGACAAGGAGGGCGAUGCCGAGGCCGAAGCUGCAAGAAAGCGGGAGGAGAUUCGGAAGAUCAAAGAACAGGAGGAGGAGGCUCUGGCUGCGGCUCUGGGUUAUGUGCCUGUCAAGCGGGACGGCGAUGGAGCUGGAACAGGCGCAAACAAUGUCCCCGUGAAGCGCAGGGAAGGCGACGAUGCGGAGGAGAAGGCUCGCCGAAAGGCCGAGAAAGAGAAGCGGAGGGAAGAGCGCGCAUUGAAACGAGCUGAACGCGAGGCUCGUCGUAAGGAAACGGGGAGUCGACGAGAGGAUCGCGAUCGUGAUCGCGAGGAGCACAGGCGCUCGCGAAGGCAUGACGAUGAAAACGAUGACCACUAUCGUCGUCGCAAUCGAUCUCACAGCCGCGAACACUCCCGGCGCCGACGUGAUGACAGGGAUGACCGGUACGAUGUGGACCGCCGGCGCCGCAGCAAAGAUGACCAUAAUGAUCGCCGAUGGGACGGGGGUGAGAGCUCCAGUAGGCGGGCAGAUCACGACCGCGACAGCGGCCGCGAUCGUAAGCGUGAUGAGGACGGCGACUUGAGACGCUAUCGCUCCACUUCCCGGGAAGAAAAGUCGCACUACAAGUCACGCACACGCUCUGUUUCUCCCCGCCGCUGAGUAUCGCAUGACCUCAGUGGUGGUAACCGCUCAUUUGUGAUUAAAAAUGCAGUGGGGCUGUGUCUGCAUGUACGCGCAGUCUUGCAUUGCGUGUUUGCAUGUUUGGUUCCUGUUGCCCAGCAUCCAGUGAGGCAAAGCACGUCCUCUCAAUAGCUAUAUAGGUAGAGGGCUAAUGAAAAUUCCAACUCCAUAUUUGGAUUGAUUAUCUCCUCGU